UGCCUCAUAACACUAAACCGCAAACUUUAUCAGCUUGCCAAGCGGAAAUUCGUCAUCCGAGGAUGUUUAUUCCGCUGUUUAUGGAUUGAAAAGAAUCAGUUUGCUUUCAACCAUGACGGGAAGAAUAUCUACUCUUGCUCCAGUACUAGUGGCUACCCUGUUCAGCGUUUGCUGCUGGGCAAAGGAGUUGCCGGCAAAUGAUACGGAAUACUCCGCUGGAUUUGGCUACGAACUUCUUCUUGCCAAAAUGGAUUAUCUGGAGUACAAGUUUCUGGAAUUACAAACCGAAGUCAAGGAACAGAGUGAAUCGCUUCUCGGACGAACUGGAGAGAUUUUGGAGCAGCAGAAAAUUUUCUCCAAUCACGAGAAAAUCAUGAACUCGAUCUACACGUUGAACCCGCGGAAACAUCCGGCUGACAACAGUCAACUACUGAAUUACCAAACGGAUGCUUUUUAUCGAAAGCCACAGAUGCCAACAAGCAUUACCAGUAUCGUCAGUUCCUGCAGGAGUGAGACAUCGAAAAAAUCCGGCCGAUACUGGAUGCAGCUGGAUGGUUCCGAUCCAUUCCAAGUAUACUGCGAGCAAACAUUCUACGGAGGUGGUUGGAUCGUUGUACAGAAUCGAUUCAAUGGAUCGGUCCAUUUCAAUAGAACUUGGACCGAAUACAAAAAUGGGUUUGGCAGUUUGGAUGGGGAGUUUUGGCUAGGACUGGAAAAAAUCCAUAAGAUAACUACUGCGACCGUGAACGAAUUGCUGAUUCAUUUGGAGGAUUUUGAUGGAUUAGCAAAAUAUGCACGCUAUAAGAGGUUCACAGUUGGUGCAGAAUCUGUGCAGUACACACUCGUGGCUGUGGAAGGUCAUUCAGGGAAUUUGGAGGAUUCGUUGAAACGCCAUAAAGGGAAGAAAUUUUCUACACCUGAAGUCGAUAAUGAUAAUGAUUCUGGGAGAAAUUGUGCAGACGUUUAUAGCAGUGGAUGGUGGUUCGAUAACUGCUUCGAUAGCAACUUAAAUGGAGUAUACACGGAUAUUGGAAAUCACUUUUCAAUGAGUUGGCAAAAGUUCACUGGAUCAUUCAAAGGUAUGAGGGUUUCAAAGAUGAUGAUUAAAGAAGCAUAAUCGUAAUAUUAAGAGUGAUGUGAAA